UGUGAGCUUUGAGCUGGCCAAUCAGAGCGCCCAGUUUAUCUAAGCUGCUGCAGUGGAGGAUUCAGCGAGGAUUCUCCCUCGUGCUCACACACACACACACGCACACGCACACACAGACACACUGUGCACGGAACAGAAAUAGUCUCAUUCACGGAGUAGAGUAGCGGGAGGAAAAUGGUGCGAAAGCCAGGGAAAGUGCAGAUAGACGCAUCCAGCAAGAGAGGAGAUGCUUAUAUGGAUCCAUCUUAUGAGGAUACUCAAGAUGGUGUGUGUUUCUUUGUAACUUCACUAGAGCCUUUCUAAAGGUGACAACAAUUGUUUCCUGAGUCAAGACCCUGUGGAGUCCAUUAUGUAAAUGCACUUCUGUCUGCUUCCUGAGAUGGAAAACUGAAACAUGAGCAUCCACGAAGCUUUAUGGACCUCUGACCCUGGCCCUCUAUUUGCUUGGAUCUAGCCCUUCUAAAAGACCACCAAGGAGGGGUGCCGCAUCAGUGGAGGUAGCUGAAGGUGAGGAGGAAGAAGAAUUGGACAAGAAGGUCAUUCACAUCCAUAGGAAUAUAAUUGCUCCUGGAAUAUCUCAAUUAUUUGGAAUAUUGUGAUACUUUGGGAAAUCCCAAGAAUUUGGAAUACUGGGAAUAUUGUUCAGACUCGCCAUCAUGAAGGUGAGCCCAACGUCCUGUCUGUGCCCUGUGCUUUUGUGUCUCUGCUUCUUGGAGAGGGGCUGUGGGGCAAGCCACCAUGGACAAGCCAAAGUGAUCUCCAGGAACCACAACCUGACCCACAGUCACAACCAGACUAAAGAUGGGGAGACAGAGGUCCACCAUAGGCCAAAACGAGGCUGGAUAUGGAACCAGUUCUUUGUCUUGGAGGAGCACAUUGGACCAGAUGCACAGUAUGUGGGGAAGCUUCACUCAAAUUCAGACAAAGGUGAUGGUUCUGUCAGGUACAUCCUAAGUGGGGAAGGAGCAGGGACUAUCUUCAUCAUCAAUGAAGUAACAGGAGAUAUCCACGCCACCAAGAGUCUGGAUCGAGAGAAGAAGUCACAUUAUGUUCUCCACGCUCAGGCCAUUGACAUCAACACCAACAAGCCCUUAGAACCGGAGUCAGAGUUCAUUAUCAAAGUGCAAGACAUUAAUGACAACGCACCCAAAUUUCCAGAUGGUCCCUUUGUCACAUCUGUGCCCGAGAUGUCAGAAAUUGGUACAUCAGUAUUCCAAGUGACAGCCACAGACGCUGAUGACCCCACCUAUGGAAACAGUGCCCGGGUAGUGUACAGUGUUUUACAUGGACAGCCAUACUUCUCUGUGGAUCCCAAAACAGGCAUAAUCAGAACGGCACUGGCCGACAUGGAUCGAGAAGCAAGAGAGCACUAUGCUGUGGUCAUCCAAGCCAAAGACAUGGCGGGACAGGUGGGGGGGCUGUCUGGCUCCACCACAGUCAACAUCACAUUAACCGACGUCAAUGAUAACCCGCCCAAGUUUCCCCAAAAGAAUUACCAGGUGUAUGUGCCUGAGUCUGCUCAAGUUGGGAAGCCAGUGGGAAAGAUCAAAGCCAACGAUGAGGAUGUGGGGGUCAAUGCUGACAUCAAAUACAGUAUUCUCAACCCUGAAGGAGCCAACAUGUUUUCUAUUGCUACAGACAAAGACACGAGAGAGGGCAUCAUUAGUCUAAGAAAGCCUCUUAAUUAUGAAAAGAAGAGACAAUACACUUUGCACGUUGCAGCAGAGAACACACACCUGGACCCUCGCUUCACCCAUCUGGGAUCUUUUAAGGACGACGCUACUCUGAAGAUAACAGUUGGUGAUGUAGACGAACCUCCAGUUUUCUCUAUGGAUUACUAUAUUAUGGAUGUCUAUGAGAAUGCCAGAAUUGGAACAGAGGUGGGAGCAGUAACAGCACAGGACCCAGACAGCAAGAACAGCCCAGUCAGGUAUUUCAUUGAACAAAGAGAGGGAGACGAAGGAUAUUUCGACAUCGAGGCUGUCAGUGGAGUCAUCAGAACCACUCAGCUUCUGGACCGAGAGGACACACCCUGGCACAACAUCACUGUCAUGGCAACAGAGGAGGAUAACCCCAGUCUUCUGAGCCAUGUCCCUGUCACAAUUCAGGUCCUGGACGUAAACGACAACCCUCCAGAAAUCAACACAGAGGAGGAAAUAAUCAUUUGUGAAAGCACCAGAGCAGGACAGGUCAUACAGACGAUCACUGCUGUGGAUAAGGAUGACUUUGCAAAUGGACAGAGAUUUUACUUCUCUUUCCCUGGAGGAAUUCCAGUUAACCCCAAUUUUACCUUAAAGGACAAUGAAGACAGCACGGCCAGCAUUAUAGCGCGGCGGCGGCGCUUCCACAGGUUGACUCAGGAGUUAUACGAGUUGCCAGUGGUUGUGUGGGAUGGAGGUGAGCCGCUGUUAAGCAGCACCAGCACUCUAAUGCUGCGAGUGUGUCCAUGUCAGCGCGGAACUAGGCUGAAGAUCUGCCAAAGUGAAGCCUUCCUGUCCUCUGCCGGCCUCAGCACCGGAGCGCUCAUCGCCAUUCUGCUGUGUGUGCUCAUACUGCUGGCCAUUGUGAUUCUGUUCAUCACACUGCGACGGAGCAAGAAGGAGCCACUGAUCAUCUCUGAGGAAGACAUUCGGGAGAACGUGGUUACCUAUGAUGAUGAAGGAGGUGGGGAGGAGGACACUGAAGCCUUCGACAUCAUCGCUCUCCGAAACCCAGAAGCUGCCGAGGAGCUCAAGUUCAGGCGGGAUGUACGACCUGAGGGCAAUCGACCAGGGUCAUCAGGAAGACCACACCAUCGCCAUGGCACCCACAGCCUUUCCUCCCUGGGAACAGAAGAGGAAAUGGAUGUCCGUGAUUUUAUCAAGCAGAGACUAUCAGAGGCGGACCAAGACACCAGUGUACCGCCUUAUGAUUCAUUACAGACAUAUGCAUACGAAGGUCAGGGGUCACCGGCAGGUUCCAUCAGCUCACUGGGGUCAGCUGGCAUCCAUUCAGAACAGGAUUACAAGUUUCUAGAUGAAUGGGGUCCAGAAUUUCAAAAACUAGCCGAACUCUAUGGAGAAGAGGCUGACGUGCAAUCCGAAUCAACUACCAAGGACGCAGAUGAACAGACUUAA